CGCCCGGGCCGGCCCGGAGCGCGGCUCUGCCGUGAGCGCCCGCGGAAGCGGCCCACGGAGGAGAAGAUAUGGGGCUCAAGAUGUCCUGCCUGAAAGGCUUUAAGAUGUGUGUCAACGCCAGCGGCAGCCAUGACGAGGCGCCCGUCCUGAACGACAAGAGCCUGGACGUGCCCAACAUCAUCAUCACACCCCCCACGCCCACGGGCAGCAUGGUGCUGGCCCGGGACUCGAGGUGGACAGUCUGGCUGGAUGAGACGGGGGCUGGCCCGGAUGACGGUGAGAUGGAUCCUGAGGCCUGAGGACCUGCCCUGACGCGGGCGUGGCUGUCCCUGGCAGCUGGACGGGCUCAGCGAUCCGGCUCCGGACGGGACGAUAGCAAGACAGGAGUGGCACGCCGCAGGCCCCCAGUGCGGCGUUGAGUGGACUGGACGCCUGACACCUUCGUGUUCUCACUGACCGGACAUGGCGAAGGGGAGGGGACUAUCUGCAGCCACUGUGACCCCGCGGGGCUCGGGCGGCCCCGGGCCUCGCACACAGGCCCGGUGCCCACAGCUCACCAGAGGACUGGCUCUGUUUUUUACACAUUGUUUUACAGAAACUGCAACAGUCCCAAUGUGAUUUAUAAUUUCCUUUUUGCAUUGUAAGUAAAGAUCCUCCUUACAGAUGCUUGCUCCUGCCUCUUGGGGUGGGAGACGAGGGAGC